GUUCGAACGGAACGCGAGUGAGUGAAGAAGAUGGCGGAUCCAUUGUCGCUUCUUCGCCAGUACAACAUCAACAAGAAGGAGAUUAUAGAAAGGGCAGAUGAAAUUAUAUUUGACGAGUUUUCAUUCUUGAGGGCUGCAAAAACGAAUUAUGUCAUCUUCAAGUGAGUAGAAUGCCGUUAGACCUCUCGGAAAAGUGAAAGAAUAUUGGUCGGUUGUGUACCUAAACAAGUCUCAUUUGUGAACUUAACUUUCAUUCAGAUCCCAGCCGAAGGAGUAUUAUACCUUGGAGUCUUUGUUAUUCCUUUUGAAGAAUGUUCACUUAUCUCAUCCAAUCUACGUACAGCGUGCAGCGGUAAGCCAAUACUUUAAUUUUACGUGCAAUUACAAGCUGUGUAAAAACUAAGCUUAAGCCUAAUUUACUAUUUUUCAGUGCUAAGGUUACAGCUGUAGCUUGAAGUUGAAGCUCUCUCUUGCUUCAAUUGAUCCAAUUUAUGAAAUAAAUCAUACCAAAUACAUAGUCGUAGUUUAGUCGUUUAUGGUGCUCUGUUAAUCAUGCUUUCAUUAAAGUUGCAUUUGUAGUUAUCGCUCAGUAAAUUAGUACACGCCAAUGAGAUAAUACCAGUUACUGAUCUGACAAUUUUUUCAUGUAAGCAUUGAUUAUUGCUCAUAUUUUACAGCUUUUGCUAGAAUGAGAUUAUUAGUUUGCUGUUCUUGUUCUUCAGAGAAAGCGUUAUUAGUACCUGAAUUGGCUCAAUGAAUUUGCAUCUCCCAGAUUAAUUUACUGUGUGUUUUGUUAUCUUUUUAGGGAACAAAGAUUCCUGUUGUGAGGUUACCAGACAGAAAGGUCUGUAUUCUUGGUGGUUUAUUUUUUUAUAAGAUAAUGCUAGGCUUUGAUAAAUGCUGUGUCUGAAAGAAAUUUUUUGCGUUGAUUUUUCAAAACAAUAAAUUUCAUUUACUCUGCGUGCCCUUGGUACAGAACAGAUACGGCAAUUACAUUAACAGGCUGUCAUAAAAAGCACCAAACAACUUUGUGAAAAUAAAAAGUUUGAGUCAUGAGCUGGAGUGAAUCAGAGUCGCAAGAUUCAAAACAUGUUCAUUUCCUCCUGACUGCCCCGCCCUACACCCUUCGAGCUUAGCCACCUUUUGUGUUUUUCUUGUUAGAGGAUGAGAAAAGCAGGCUCUGCCUGAAUCAUGUCAAGCCGUUGAAGAACUUCUGGACUACUCUAUCUUGUUUUCUCUAAUCAGACAGUGAAACUGUUUUUUUGCGAGUAUGAACAUCUGUUUCAUUACUGAGCCUGCUGUACCAAUUGCACAGCUAUUUGAUUUGGGUUGAAAACUGUAUCCAAGCAACAUGCAGUGCAUGGUCAACAAAGAUAUUACUCAAUUCAAAGUCUUUCUUUCCCAACUCUUGCAGAGUCUUUUUUGAGUACCCUAAAAUCAACCAUGUGAAAAAUACAUUGUAGGCUCUUCUGGAAGGGUGACCCCUGAUGAUUUUGUUUCUUGCCAUCAUUUGAAAACCUGCUUGUUGGAGUCAUAAGCAAACACCAAAAGGAUAAACCAAUAGAGAGGAGAAAUGUAAUGUCACAUUACCAUGGUAGCAAAAUUUCUGGAUCUCAAUAAUCUCUCUUGAUAGAGACAGCCAUUUGUGUUGUCGAACAAUGGAAGGAAAGUAUGGGCUACUGUUUUGUUCCUGAGUGCAAUCAUGUACAUGAAAAUCAUACGUGUCAAUGUCUUUAUUUUUUUUGCCAUAUUUGCAAGACUAUGGCUUGUUGAGAUCCAGAAAUUCUUCUACCAUGGUAAUGUGAUUAGACAAGGUUUCUCCUCUCUAUCACAAGUCUCAUCAACAGACAUAUAAUGAGUUUAGCUCUUCUGCUGCUGCUGCUGUAGGGUUAUCCAAGGUCCUCAUUUUAUGGAACAACGGUAGUGUACAAACAAAAAUAACUUCCCAUAAUUGUUUGUUUUAGGGAUUACUCAGCUACCUCAAUGGAGAGACAGGUGAAGUUCUUAGCUGUAAUUAAAUUGGAUAUGUGAAUGCUAGAUGUUCUUUAAUUUUUUGAUAAUGAAAAACAAUUUGCAUUAAAAUUUUUUGUGACACAUGCAGGCUUUGACACUUUUAGUCUUAACAUACAUGGGAUACUAAGCAAAUGUAGCAAGACUAAGGAUUAAAAAUCUAGAGCUUGUUGUAUUUUGCAUCCUUCUGAAUGGGGUCCCUGUAAACUGCAGGACUUACAGUAGCUGCAUGCGCAGCAGCUAAGUAUAUAUCCACGAAAACAAACUAAUAAUGGUUUUGGUUAUCUAAUUUGAAAAAAGCUGUUGUCUCCAUGAAAUAAAUACAGCAGGAUUGUGGAGGCUAUCAUUUUAUUAUCAGUGAUUGUGUAUGUUGCUUUGUUGUGUAAGAUUUUAUGUGAGACGUACACUGUAAUGUGAGCUGUGUUUUAGUAAUAUACUGUCUACUCUGUAUAUUUGUAUUUUUAGAUACCUCAAGUAGCAUUGACAAAAGUGUUCCACUAGAGAUGCCAAACCAGCGCUCUGCAAUUGCUCAAGCACAAGGUAACAUUACAUGUACAUAUACAUGCAUAAAUACCAGCGUGUAAACAACUAAUAUGAUUGGGCUUGAAGAUGAUGAUGUGAACAGCAGAAAUACAAAUUUAAGUCAAGAUAUGAUCAACACAGUUGUAAUAGAAGCAAUUGCAAAUUAACCCGAAAAAGUUUUCGGGGCUAUAACAGGAUUCAAACCCAUGGCCUCUGCAUUAGCUCUACAGUGCUCUAACAACUGAGCUAUGAAGACCCAUACAUUGGGAGCAGGCCAAUUUGUCCAGCUUAUCUUAACCUGCAUGAACCAUAGAGUGAUAAUGAUGUGGACUGUAGAAAUACAAAUCUAAAUGAAGAUACAGGGUUGUCAUUAAGAGCCAGGGGCCGGGGAUUUUCCCCGGCUACUAAGAGAGUGGCCCCCGGCCCCUUUUAUUGGAAAAUAGAAGAAAAAUAGAACCAAAAGAAAUCCCUAGCCUUUUGAUUCCCUGCCUACUUGUUGUAUUUACCCGACAACUUGAAAUCUUAGUGACAACCCUGCAAUUUAAACAAUUUAUUAUUGUUUAAAUUGCUAUUACAACUGCAGUGAUCAUAUCUUGAUUUAGAUUUGUAUUUCCACAGUCCACAUCAUUAUCAUUCUCUGUUUCAAAUAUUGCAAAUCAGUCUGGAAGAAAAAGAUUCAGGCCUCAAUGGGAUUCAAACCAUGGCUGUGCUCUAAUAGAAAAUGAAGGGGGCCCAAUGCUUUUAACUUGAGAAAUCCAGGGUGCUCAGCAUAAUAAAUUUGUUCAUUGUAUAAAUAAACUAAGAUUUUCUUGUCACCUAAGAGAAAGAGUAAGGAGCUAGGGACCACCAGGCGCUGCUAUAGUACAGCCCUGUGAACCAAUGGCCUUUGCAUUAGUGCUGAAGUGCUUUAAACAAUUGAGCUUGUUAAUUCUUCUUCUCACGAUAAUUACCUUGUUACUGAUUGUGAUGUGUUUGCUACGUACUGCUGGUGUUCUUAAGGCAAUGGUGUUAUUUAGCUACAUGGAAAUAUUAGAAGUAUUGUGGUUUUGAAAAUGAUUUUGAAAUUCGGACAAGACUUUCAAUUCUAUCUUCCCAAAAAGGGACCUCAUUCUUAGUACUCUGACUAUCUAGUGAGUUUUGCUAUGAGGGCUUAAAGGUGUUAUCUCUGUUGUUUUUGUAGCCGGCAUGUGACACUUUAUUGACAACAUCUGAAAAUGUUGUUGAUUGGCCAGUAUUAAAUCACAAUUGUCAUGGGCUGGAAGACCACGUGAUGUGGUUAAGAUGGACGGCUGUGUGUUUAAGUGCUCCGCGUAACAUUUCAAAAAUUUCUAAUGUUUAAGUGUGCCUUCUGCUUUCUUCUAUUUGUUUGGUUAUCUUGUUUCCUGUGUCAUGUUAUGCCUGAGUACUUGCCUUGUUUUAUGCUAGUUUAAAUUCUGUUUACUGUAUAGUAAUGUAUUCACUGUUAUUUAGUCCAUCUAUAUAUAAAUCUUGUUUUGUAAUAUGUCUUUAGCUCCCCCCGCCUCAAUUGGUUUAUAAGCUUUUUGCGGGUGGAAAAGUAAUGUAAUUAGUUAUUUUCCAAUUUUCAAUAAAAUUUGUUGUUGUUGUUGUUGUUGUUGAAAAACACAUCCAUCAUAAUUAUGUUUCCAUUCAGAUUUUGAUAUACUUUUUGCUAAUAAUGUUAUUCAAAGUAGUUGCUUCUUCUUUCAAUGGCCGACGUUUUUGGUUGGCUGUUAGUGCUUAUUGCAACCCCUGGGCUAUGAAAUAAAUUUUAGUGAAAAGUUUGUGAAGCUAAAGAGAACAUGACUCAAUUCCCAAUUAAGAUCUUCUGCCUUACUGCAGCUAAAGGUCACUUGCUUUGCAGUAGCAGUUACUUAGUGGUUGUUGUAACAUAUUAUUGUUUUAUUUACAUGACAGCAAAAAGACCAGGAGACGAUGCAGUUGGUGGAGAGUUUAAAAAGCCAAGAGUUGAGGUCAGAGUAUUGAGAAGAGCCUAUAAAUUUCACAGUGUAAAAUCUUCCCUACUAUUGCCUGAGUAAAUUGUAAAUCUUCUUGUUGUAGCAAUUCUUACUUAGCUCGUAAAACACUGUGAUAACCGUACUUUAACAUGUUGUUGUUGAUUUCUCUUUUUCAGACAGAACAGUUAAGACUGGAUAAGGUAACACUUCAGAUAUACAAUGUACAUGUUACCGGUCGAAUUUGAUUUCAGGUUAAAAUUUUUUAACCAGGUUCAUUUUCAAUUUCCUUUGUCUUCUAGGGCUAGGGGAAAUUGGAAAUUGAUAAUCAGCCUAGGUUUUUAAAAUCAAAAUUAACCUGAAAUCAAAUUUGACCAGUAACAUAUGUCAUAAAUAACUACAACUUUUUGUGAAAUAAAUUAUAAUGAGAAGAUCCACAAAUUUCAAACAACGUGAUUGAUUUGGUAGUGGGGAGCAGAGCAUGCCUUAAAAGUCCUUGAUUCUAUAGACUGGGGCUAACACUAAAUGUUUUUAAGAAGUCAGGUAUAGGAAAUUAGUUUGUGGGGAAUUGAACAGCUACAUGGGAAGUUCUUUUUGGUUCUAUUUUAUUUUUGUUUCCUAUGAAAGUAGCUGAGUGUACUGCUCAGACAGAAUUGUUGCAUCAAAGUACAUACAAUCAUGGACAUGUAUGCCACUCAAAAUGAGCUCGCAACCAGCAAUUUUGCCGCUUAAAGUGUAGUAUUUGCCAGCUACCUUACACUUAACCUCUGAAAAGUUAAGUGAGACUCACACAGCAUAAAGCUGUAAUUGCUAUAGUUUGUGCAUCUACCUGCUACUGCCAUUAGCCUGCUUAUUAUUGCAAACAUGGAUGCCAGGCAUCAAUUUACAGAGUAUCUGCAUAUUGAUUUUCUUUUUUAAUUAAUAGAAAAGGUUGGAGGCUCGACUUGAAGGGCACAAAGAGGGUACUGUCACCACAGAGCAGAUCCGGUGAGUGGACUGUAUUCAAAUUUAAUGUCAUUCUGUGUGCUAAUUUAACACCUGCAUUCAGGUCAGAAGUACACAUCCAAACAAAAGGUGCUGCUAAUUUUGUUACCAUAUGCUGGAGUAAAAGCUUUUCUUUAGAGCAUUUCAAACAGUAUUCUAUUACAACACUCUCACCUUGAACUUGCUGAAUAUAUUCAGUUAUGGUAGAGUUGACCAAGCACCUUCAGAGGAAAUAGAAUAUGGCAUUAGGCUAACCGCACAAAUUUUCAGUGUGCAAGUGGGAGGGUGGGCUGUUCUGUGUUCCUUCUUGCCACUGAUCUGAGAAUAAGUGGAGUAAAGGCUUUGCGGCUAUUUUAUUGUCACCCCUAGGGACCAUUACUCCCCAGUCUGGUUAUUUCUAGUCCCCCAAGCAUUAGCAGGGGGUUCUAGCUUUUGCGCUUUGUUUUCAAUUAUUGUGAAUAGUGUCAAGGUAAGCUUUUGUUGUAGUCAUGUACUUCUAGUGUUUGUUCUACUGCCUUCAGAUUCUCAUAAAAUAAUGUAAUUAGGGAAUAACUAAGUGGAAUAUUUUAAUGGUUCAUCAUAAUCAAUAAUAAUUUAUUGCUAUUUAACUUUAAUCAAGGUUACUACAUGUACAUUUACACUGUAUACGUUGUAAACAUGUAUCAGGUUCUUCUUGGAAUCUGCCUCACAAUAAUAAAAUAAUAUUCUUGUUUUUAAUGUUAUUCUUGUUUUGUUGUUUUUACCUUACAUAAUGUAGGUCCCUGAGUGAUGCUAUGUCUGUUGAGAAAAUUGCAGCCAUCAAAGCCAAGCGUCUGGCAAAGAAACGGACAACCAUUAAAGUGGAUGAUGACCUGGAAGCAGGCGUCUUGGUAUGGAAACAAUGACUAGGGAGGGGAGGGGAGGGAAGGGAGGGAAGAUUUUGGCAUUUAAAUCUUAUCUAAAAGAUGCUUGCUCCUCCAUUAUAUGUACACUGUUUUGCCUUUUGUUGGUCUUUGGAAAUGAUAUUGAUUUAUCAAUUUUUAGGAACAAAGAUUUUUUGUGGAUGCAGAAGUUGACGUAACAAGAGACAUUGUUAGUCGUGAGCGGCCUUUACGAACACGGACUUCAGUCCUGCAAAGUUCUGGCAAGGUUUGUCAUCGCAUCAAUAAUUGACUAUUUUUCAUUUCUGAUAAUUAUCCCCCCUCCCCUCUUUCAUUAUUGUAGAUUGUUGAUCGCAACAACAAAUACAUUCCUUGCAAUUGAUUUGUAGCAAUUUCUAAAGAAUGUGCUAGCCAUUCUUCAAUCAGUGAAAGCCCAGGAAGAAGGAAAAGUCAAGCAACUACAAAACCAGGAUCCCUUUUCUUCUGCUGUAAGUUAUCAUUCUCCUGCAUUAUUUUUCACUAAAAAACAAAAUUAUUUUUCAAGUUCAAGAAAAAAGACAGAAAAAACUUGGAUCUUGACGAAGACGUGAAAAGAUGUACAGAUGUAAUUCUAUUUUCAGGAUUUUGUGAGGAUUACAGAAAGGCAUUCUUUGCAGUUGAUGAACUUUUAACACAAAAACACCCAAAAACAAGUAAUUAAUAUAACCAGCAAUGACUUUUCAUGGCCUGUAGAAGAAGCUGAAGAUAUUAAGAAGUGUGACGUCUGUAAAUAUUGUAUUGCUCAGGGAAUUUUUAGUCUUUGAAUUCCCACAUUCAGACUUUCUUUUCUCAAGUUGCGUAUUUAUUUGUGGUGAUCAUCUCUGUAUUUAUUUGGAAUUUUCUUUAUUUGAAAGACUGGCAAUCCUGUUACAACAAUAGUCUUGCUACAUUCACCUGCACCUAGCGGUCCCCUAGCUAAGUCAUCUUUUAAAUUUGCUUACUUUCAUCCAAAAAGGAAGCCAGGAAGAAGCCAGCAACACCAGUUCCAUACAACAGAUACGAUCAAGAGAGAUUUAGAGGAAAAGAAGGUAUUUAAUGAAGCCAUGUCUACAUGUACAUUAUACAGAGCAAAAGCAUUUUGACCUUCACUCAUUGUCACCCGCACUCCGUAACCUUUGGUUAUUACUAGUAUAGUGUCAUUAAUGUUUGUUCUUUCUUUUUUGUCCGUAGAAACUGAGGGAUUCAAGAUUGACACCAUGGGAACAUAUCACGGUCUCAGUUUAGAGUCUGUGAAGGUGAUGAUUUGGAAACUUUGCAGUUUUCAAGUGUAUUAUCAGGUUUAACAACUUGAGGCAAAGCCACGACGGCGAGUUUUUUGAAUGGCUUGAAAAUCUCUGAUAUAGGUCAACUCAUUCUUGCACUAAUAUUUAGAUUUGGGGUUAUUUUGGUCUAAAAAACUGGACGUAAAGCUUAGCCGUGUCUUUGUCAGAUGUAAAGACACUCAUUAAACAUUAAUUUCUUUUGUUUUUUCUUAAUGAAUUAUUAAUUCAGUUUUGAAUAAAUUAUUGUAUUUGUAAAUGCUAUAAUGUGCGAGAUUAUCCUUUAAUUAGAAGAUUUUUGAAAGUGUGUGGUCACGUUAGUGGAGUGGUGGCCAGAGGUAGCCCAAGCUCAAAGUAUGGACCUCGGCAGAGUUGAAUAACCUUAAAAACAUGUGUGUUCAUUCCCUCCUCUCCUUGUCUGUUACUUGUUUAGAGCAGCUUUGAAUGAAUGAAAUGUUUUGCUGACUGGACAUUAUCCUUUUUCUUCUUCAGGAGGGUGUCCAGAAGCCAGCAAGGAGAGUCUUACCCAGUCCCUCACCUCAUACACAACCCAGCCGGACACCCAGACCUGGUGAGUACUGGACCCUAGUAGAAACAUCUCAGCUCUUUUGUGAUUUUUGAGUCAACAAUUGUUUUGAUAAUACAUGUUGAAGAAGCAACUAACAAUAUUGUUUACAUGUAUUUUUUUCCGUCAGUUCCACAAAAGCCUGCUAAACGAGGUAGGAAAAUUUGAUCAUCUGUACACCUUCAACUUUUAAAGAUAAGAUGAGAACUUUAUUUGAGUAUCAAUGUAUAGUGUAUUCACUUUAGCACGACGACACUAUUUUUACGUCCCCUAUAAAUGGAUACAAGACCACCAUUGUACUUGGUCAUCCCAGCCACGUGAAGGUCUAGUCAAGGCAGUACCUUUAUUACUCAGUUAUUUUAAGAACCUUGUAUUGGUCUGGGCCUCCCACUCCACAGUCACAUGCUCUACCAACUGAGCUCAACAAGCUGCAGUCAAAAACAGUCCUAUAUAUGUAAUGAUGAUCCAUAUAACAUAGCUAGAAUUUUCAUGUAAUCAAAAUAUAUUUUUUUUCAAUGAAAUGACCCUAACCAUUUUUUUGCCUCUUGUAAGCCCUCUCCUGUAAUUUUAUCACACUAAAACCAUAAAAUGACCAUUUUUUUCCAGAAUCACGCACACCAAUAAUUAUAAUCCCAGCUGGCACGACCUCUCUGAUAACACUUUACAAUGCUCAGGAUCUUUUACAGGAUUUCAAGUGAGUUCAUUUUUUCCUUAUAAUUUAGACUAUUAGGGGCUAGAGAGUUCUAUGUACUUCAAAACUGAUAAAAAAAUACAAGUUUUGUCAUGUGUCUAUUCUAUUCAUAUGCUUAGGUGUCUAAUACAAUUAAGCAAAAACAAAUUCUUUUCGAAGUACUUUUUAGAGUAUGAACAGGGUGUAAAAUGAAAGGCAAUCUGAUUGCUACGCUGGCUAACAACUUACUGAUUAGUUUUAUCAUCGCUCUGCCAACUUAGCUUUGAAGCUUAAUGGGAACACAACCUCUAGCACUCAAAUUCCAUCUCGGAGUCAGUUUUCUGUCCCUGCAUUUGUGUCUUAAGUGUUGUGCAACUCAACAUCUACUUUACUCUUUGCACAAGAAUGAUAUCCAUUAACAAACUAAGACCAGGUUGUAACGUCGCAUUUCAUAAAAUUGUUUCGAAUUUACAUCGCAGUGAGAAAAGUCUGUUGUUCUUGCCCAUUUUCAUUAGAUUUGACACAUGUGAAAUGCUUAAGUGCUACCCUGGUUCCCGAGGUUUUUCUUGAAAUUGUUCUCCGCGCAAAAUGCAACGUUUGAACCGGGCCAAGAGUCGCUCUGGUGACUGCACUCAUUGCUUUGAGUCGGGACACUCAUUGUAUCAGCGAAGUCCUGUGGACAUAGCCCUAACAUUCUUCAACUUACUUCUAAUUGUCUUAUAGAUUUAUUAGUUCUGAAGAAAAGAAGAGCCAAGGUGCAAGACGUGAAAAUGAGGUUCUUAUUCAGCGAAGGAAAGAAAUUCAUCAAGCGCAAGCUGCACCUGGGGCCACACCCACUACUGUGACUGUACCAUACAGGGUUAUAGAUAACCCUACACGUCUACAACCUAACGACUGGUAAGUAAAAUGACAAGGGUGUUCAAUAGGUUGUUUACCAUCUUCAAAAAGCUUCCGGCAAAUCCGGUUGGAAAGUAAGUGGCACAGGACUUUUUAGGUUGUUUGCGAGAGCAAUGGAGAAUAUGAAAAAGUAGUCCUGUUUUUCCGGACGGUAUGUUUUAAACGGAAAUUCGUGUUCCAUAGAUUUAAAGCCAUCUUUGGUACCAGUUUCAUGCCUUCGUGGCCGUCUUUCGGUUAGUGGAACUUAUUUGUACAAAUGGUAGACAGGAUUUCGUGGCGAAAUUUACCAGUCCUUAAUUUUGCUUACCAGUUAACCAAACCGUGAACCGACCGGUCUCCCCCAACCUCGUUCCCAGGGAGAGAGAACCUGAGAACGAGGUUGCGGUCUGCCCGUGCAAAUGGUAAACAAUCACGAGUUCAAUACACGUUGAGAGCCGAGCUUGUGUUAGACUUGUUGAGAAACGAUACAUAGUUUUAAUAAAAAGUAAUGAUUGCACUUCUCUUCAAGACGCCAUUUGUGAAGGCAAUUUUAUCCGUCUAUGAAGAAUUUUAACAGUAAAGAAGCUAAUUUCUUUGGGAGAAUGAAAAACAUUUUACUAAGAACAAUAUUUUAUUUAUAUUUGCUUGCUAUCGUUUUUUACAUUAUCUUGUUCAGUUUUUUCCGCUGGCCUUAGAAGCUGACUCGAUCCCCGCCAGUCGUCUUGGUAACAAGCACGGUAGCGGAAGCAGAGGGUGAUGGAAAGGGAGAAGAGAAGAAGUCUCUCUCCGUCGCUUUCCUCCUUCCCAUCUAACCCUGCGCGCCACCAACGGAGAAAUGAGAGACAACUGGGAACGAGUCAGCCCCAGAAGUUUGACCACAGAAUUGACCACAGAAGACCUAACAGAAGACCGGAAGUGCACCCAGUCUCCCUCGUCAUUGAUAAUCCAAGAUGGUGACUCCACGCAAAAAAAUUUCCUUAAAAUACUAAGCGCGUGCUCGCCACCCAAAAAUAUGCCUUCACUGCAGGCUAGAUUAUAAUUGAUGGAGAUUCAUCAAGCCUCUCUCUAAGGCUGUCUUUACUGUGUUUUUUUUGUUCGUUUAUUUAUUGUCCGCGGCAGGAAUCGUGUGGUAGCUGUAUUUGUUCAAGGGCCUGCAUGGCAGUUCAAAGGAUGGCCAUACACCUCACCAGUCGACAUUUUCACCAAAAGUGAGUUGUUCUCUUUCUUAAUGUUAUGAUUACUAAUGAAUGAUAAUCCACUGCGCGCAUGUACACUGAAGUAUUUAGGAAUACCUGUCGCUAUGUCUUGUUCUGCAAAAGAAAUAGAAUCUUUGAAGGGAUUCGAACCUAAUACUUUCUAGAUUAUCUUUUCAAAUGCUUUACUUUUGAGUUUUGGGUAACUCCUAUCGAGGGAGGUCAUCCAGUACAGUAAAUGUGAAAUGUCUGAGUUAAUUAUCUAAAUGAUAGAAAGAUUUUUUUUUUUAUCACAAAUAGAUUUAUGAAGUGUGGCGUCAUAAAAAUUAUUUUUGUGAAAUUAUUGGACUUGUCGGGAUAUUCAGCAAGAACAACAUCUAAAAGGCCAACAUACCGAAAACUAGCAUUUUGGGGCAAAUUGUCUCUUAAGAUAUUAGCCCAGUUAUGCGCUGGUCACUCCAUACUAGUCCUUCUAAAUUUGACUCUGUUUAUGACGUUAAGAACCAAGGCAAAUUAUUUUCAGUGUAUUUCACAACCAGAGAGUUUUCUUUUCAAUUCCUUUAGCUGGUUUCAUAUACUUUUGCAAGUCUUCGUGAGCUGGGCUGUAAAAAUGCCGUUAUACUCAACACUCCUUGGAUUUCAUUACCGGAUCAUUUGCAAUCAUUGAGUUGUAAACUUUAUUUCGUAGUGAAAGGUUUCUAUCUAAAGUACGAUGAAAUGAAGACAGACACUAAUGUGCAGAAAUGGGAUGUCCAGGUGUUAACGGUAAGUUCUUGCUGGCACUACUCUGUGAGCCUCUUUUUUACUUGUCCUACCACCUUGCCUAGUCCCUAGGCCUCAUUAAUCCGCGCGGCCAACUCGAUUCGGGUCACGUGGUCCAAGCGAAGAAGUGUGAAUUGACCGAGAAGGCCUGGGAAAACGCCGUAUAGGGACUAAGCAGACUAAGCACGUACCACCAACUCUACCAACAAACCUUCUUUGGACAAAUCUGUUGUCAUGACCACCAUCUCUUUUAGUAUGAGUGCUGAAACUCUGGUUGAGAAUUUUUUUUCUUCUUUGUGAUUAAAACAAUAGGAUCACAGCGAUCAUGGUAACAUAUAGGGGACCAGUUCCAUGGGUAGAGCUUAUCUUAGUAAACGAGAACGACUUAUCAGAGCGCAUGUUGUGUUUUGCUUCAUUUUCUAAUUGCGUACACAAGUUUAGCAUUAAGCAAAUGAAUUGCUGACCUUUUCUUCUGUUAGCUCUUUAAAAGAGGCUUGAAAAUAUGCUGUCACUAUCCCCCGUUACGUUAGACAUCAUUCAGGUUACGGCAAACUGCAUUGUAAAAACUCGCAACCACGAUUUUCAGCGCAAGAGAGCGAUGCAACAUUGUUGCGAGAUUUUGUCGAGUUGGUACAACAUUGUUUUCAUAUUGUUGCCUUAAAAAUCGUCGUAGCAAAUCGUCUCGUGUAACAUCACCUUAAUACAGACUUCUUCCCUUUCUUGGUUAUGCUGUCCUUGGCAGUGCAUGAAAAUAUUUUAUCGUGUCUUUCACCCUUAGAUCAGCCGAAAUAAAAGACAUCUGGAUAAAGCCUCAAUCAUUCGAUUCUGGGAAAUCCUAGACAAGUGAGUGGAAACUGACGGUCUUUACUUAAUAACACGUCUGUGUAAACCAGCCGGAUAUGGCUUUACUCUUGCCGUUCACCUGUAACCAAUAUUCCGCAUUGCUAUAAUUAUACGAAACACCUUUUUACUUGCAAAGAAGGGUCCAGUAGUAGAUGCUGGUAGCUGCACACCCACCCCUCCCCUAACCCAUCUUUAACGGUAACCUCUUACUUAGGGCAAAAUCUUGGAUUAAGGAGGGAUGGUGGGUACCGUAGGUGCAGACAGUUUCCCAGGACCUUCGCCGGAAGGGUAACCCUCCUAGAAGGAUUUUUGGUCCCGUUUGCAGGAAGCAGGGUAGUUGGGAUAGCCUCUGGUCUGUUUGCAAUAUUGGGGGUAAUUUUUUCUCCCAAACGGAUCAACUUUUUGCUGUACUGAACAUGUACGGGGUUUGAAAGGGAUUGUAAAGUGAUAACAUUAUUAGAAAAUCAGCAGCGAUAAAGCCCUCGUCUAAUAAUAAACGUUUUGACAAUAUAAUAAUGUAAUGGCGGGCAAUCUGUUUAACCCUUCUUGGGUGUUUGACCUGAACAGGACCGAACAGCUGAAAAACUUGUCUUAAGUGGGAUUCAGUUAUUUCUGCUGAACGUUUUAAGUGCCUACCUUACUAAAAACCUACAUCAGAUUAUUUUAGCAGCUACUAAUCAGCGCUUGUAAAUAUAAAAAUGCAGGCGCUGCUCUCUUUUAGCAAAUAGUUAAUGGGUUACGUAUUAACUUUUCGUUUUUACUUUUGACAGAUUCAUGACCAAGCACAAAUCACACUUACGCUUUUAAACUGCCAAUCAUGUCGACAGUUUUUGCCGCGUAACUGCGGUUGGUUUACAGAGAGGAUAAAGAUGUCUCUCAGUUAAAACCUGUGGCCGGCCUAAUAACGUCUACCAGUUAAGCAUUUAACGGUAAUUUCAACGGACACAUCAGUAGUUUUAUUUACAUACGUCGGGACAAAUACUAACGUUAUCAUGCUAGCUCGUAGUGGAUGGCAAAAUGCAAACAGCGAGCGUAAAACAAGACAGUGGAUUAUUAAUUUAAUGCUAGGGAAGAGAGUCCAACGAAGUUUUUGGAUGAUGGUUCUAUGCAAUAUACUUUAUUUGUAAAAGUUGACUUGUUUGUAUAAGGCCAGCAAUGCUAUACGAAGAAGUUACUGAGAUAAAAUGUAUAUGAUCCGAUAUUGUACGCGAUAGGAAGUAUUAUAACUACAUCCUUACUCUAUGCUAUUAGAGAACUUUAGUUUCAAGGACGAGAUUUGACUUGCGGCGUAUUUGCAAAAAGGAAACACCUCGGAAAGCUUCAUUGCACCUUUUUUCACCUUAAUAACUAGCACCAUUAUCUUAUUUUUAGGAGAUUAAGCCUUCUACCGAUCGGAACUUCUACCAUUUGAUAACUUGUUUCCGCCACUACAACAUUCUCGCUAAAACCCGUGGUAGGACGACGGCUAUUAAGUUUUCCCGCCACAAUGACGCGGUUUCACGCGCGAGCGCUGCUUAGUUUUGAGAAAAUCUCGUUCUCGUCUUCUUGCAGUCUCUCUCAUCUUAGAACCCAAAGGUCUCUACUUUGGUAGCUAGCGCAAUGAAUACUUCUUUAUGAAGAUAUUGUUUUCAUGCCUAUUAUGUACCAUCAUGAACGAACGAGCUGCGAUGUGGUAUUAGGUAAAGGAGCGGAUAGAUAAACGUACCUUAGGAGUACCAUUCAAGAAUUAUUCUGGAAAAAAGCCUGGAAAUCAUUUUGGUGAAACCAAGCUCCAUUCUUUUUUUGGGACAUCGACCAUCGGUGACUAACGUAUCUGGGCAAGUAUAAAUCGUCCUAAUCCAUGACAGGUUCUUAUAGAAAAACUAAGGUGGGUUCUAAAAUUGGUUGGUCAGCAUUUUGAUCAUAAAAUGCUCAGUUUAACCGAACUUACUUGAAACCGGCAAAGACAAUGGACCUGUUUGGCCGGUGAAAAGUCAGUUUUACGCAUGAACGUCCCAAUCGAAAUUCCGGUCUCUGUAAAUUUCAAGCCAGUUUGAAUAUUGCCUUAAAAACAGCNAAUGAAUACUUCUUUAUGAAGAUAUUGUUUUCAUGCCUAUUAUGUACCAUCAUGAACGAACGAGCUGCGAUGUGGUAUUAGGUAAAGGAGCGGAUAGAUAAACGUACCUUAGGAGUACCAUUCAAGAAUUAUUCUGGAAAAAAGCCUGGAAAUCAUUUUGGUGAAACCAAGCUCCAUUCUUUUUUUGGGACAUCGACCAUCGGUGACUAACGUAUCUGGGCAAGUAUAAAUCGUCCUAAUCCAUGACAGGUUCUUAUAGAAAAACUAAGGUGGGUUCUAAAAUUGGUUGGUCAGCAUUUUGAUCAUAAAAUGCUCAGUUUAACCGAACUUACUUGAAACCGGCAAAGACAAUGGACCUGUUUGGCCGGUGAAAAGUCAGUUUUACGCAUGAACGUCCCAAUCGAAAUUCCGGUCUCUGUAAAUUUCAAGCCAGUUUGAAUAUUGCCUUAAAAACAGCCAACAUUUCGCAACGCCACCAGCUGCAGUGGCAUGUUUCCCCGCAAAAUGACGUGUAAAAAACGAGCUAAGAAUUUUCCAUACUGAUCUGAGUAGUGACGCGUCAUCAGCAUAACAUUUCUGCGCUCGCUUCUCCGACGUUAUUUCGCGGGGAACUCGCGAAAUGCCGGCUAUUUUCUCAGGCUAGUUUAAAUAGCAAAGGAUUUUGCUCAACAUUUCAAUCAAUUCAAUCUAUGAUGCUAUGUAGUAAAGUACAUGUGUACGUCACUUGAAUUGACUUGUCUAAUAAAGAUUCUUUCGUACCACGUUACUUUGCUUAUCCUGUGUGUAAUUUGUAUGGGCUGCCGGAGGUAUAAAUUGUGCGGUGAAAGGAAUAUUUUGAACUUUUUAGAAAAAUUUACCUUUGAGGCAACGUUCAAUUAUAAGGAUAGAAAAAAUGUCUACUCUGUUAUCUCAAGGUGAUGUUACACGGGACGAUUCGCAACGACGAUUUUUAGCGCAACACAGCGUUGCAAUGUCGGGACAAUUUGUAACUACUGGAAACAAUGUUGCAACGCUUUGUUGAGCUACAAAUCGUCGUUGCGAGUCGUCUCAAGUAACAUCACCUUUACAGCAAUGAGUUGUUGGCUAUUUUUUCAAGGGCCUCCCCCCUGUCUAUCGUGCUUUUAUUAAAGCAUAAUCGCACUGAUGUAUGCGUUAAGGUACAGUGCGACGCCACUUAGACAAAGUUGACCAAUCAGAUUACAGAAAAAUAACAGUGCUUUCCAAGAAAGUUGGCUGUGGGCCAAUCAGCUAUUAGUCACUUGAAGCACAAAAUUUAAAUAUCAAUAGCAAACUUUAAAUGUUUCACCAGACGGUGUUUUCCUAUUAGAAACUAUACAUAUAACACCCAAGAGACACAUUUGUUGGAUUCAAGGUGUUCUUUUGUCAUCUACCAUCAAUUUGUUCGCUACCAUUGCCACGCUUUGCGAUAAAAUUAUGACUCCAAGUGAAAUAUUUAACUGAUGAUUACUUUUCUUUGCCUGCACAUUUACUCUAGCGGACCUCACAGGAAACAAAAGCUAUCUUUCGUGGGUUCAAAAGGUCACGUCUGCUGGUUUUAACUGGUUGAUUAAAGCUUAGACAUAUGACCUGGGUUGUUUACCGUUUACAUGGGCAAACCGGUCGGUCCACGGUUUAGGCAAAUGGUAAGCAAAAUUCAGGACUGGUAAAUUUCGUCCCAAAAUCGCGUUUACCAUUUGUACAAAUCAGUUCCAUUUGCCGCAAAACGACCGCGAAGGCCUGAAACUGGUAUCAAAAAUGGCUUUGAAGAAAUGGAACUCGAAUUUCUGUCUGGAAUAUUCCGUCCGUUCCGCUGGAACGACCAAAAAAGUCAUGUACCAUUUACUUUCCAACCGGAUUUUCUGGAAUCUUUUGGUAAAUGGUAAACAACCUUGAUUUCGCGUGCACGGCUUGUUUCGCGUGGCUUGCAUUUUCUAUAUAUNCAUAUGACCUGGGUUGUUUACCGUUUACAUGGGCAAACCGGUCGGUCCACGGUUUAGGCAAAUGGUAAGCAAAAUUCAGGACUGGUAAAUUUCGUCCCAAAAUCGCGUUUACCAUUUGUACAAAUCAGUUCCAUUUGCCGCAAAACGACCGCGAAGGCCUGAAACUGGUAUCAAAAAUGGCUUUGAAGAAAUGGAACUCGAAUUUCUGUCUGGAAUAUUCCGUCCGUUCCGCUGGAACGACCAAAAAAGUCAUGUACCAUUUACUUUCCAACCGGAUUUUCUGGAAUCUUUUGGUAAAUGGUAAACAACCUUGAUUUCGCGUGCACGGCUUGUUUCGCGUGGCUUGCAUUUUCUAUAUAUAACGGCGGAAGCGGCGGAGUUGAUCCGGGACUUCUCAUACUUUUCCCUGUUGUGACUGCUAGAAUGGGUUGCAACGGUCUGAAAAAUUUCUCAAAAGGGAAAAGGGAUUGAGAGGUGUGAAAGAAGGAGAAAUUAGUGCAAGAAAAGCAGGCCAAAUGAGGCCGGGCACCGAGCAUGAAGAAAUCCAGGAAAUCCACACUCCA